AUUCAUAUUUUGUUUAAUCACAUUAUGGGGAAAGUUUUUGUUGAUGGUUGGAAUGUUGUUCAGACUCUUGGAGAAGGAACUUAUGGAGAAGUCCAGCUUGUUGUCAAUUCAAGCACAAACGAAGCAGUUGCUGUCAAGUACCUUGAUACUAGAAAGGAAGCUUCAGCUGCAAAUAAUAUUCAAAAAGAGAUUUUCAUUCAUCGUCGAUUAAAACAUGAGCACAUCAUUAAGUACUAUGGACACAGAGAUGAAAGCCCCAUCCAUUACAUAUUUUUAGAAUAUGCUCCGGGUGGUGAGCUCUUUGAUAGAAUAGAACCAGAUGUCGGAAUGCCUCUUCCAAAAGCUCAGAAAUAUUUCUUUCAAAUUAUAAAAGGAGUUGAAUAUUUGCACUCUAUAGGAAUUACUCAUAGAGAUCUGAAACCUGAAAAUAUCCUUUUAGAUAAAAAUGAUAACGUUAAAAUAUCCGAUUUUGGACUUGCUACUGUGUUCAGGCAUAAUGGGAAAGAAAGGAUUUUAAAUAAUAGAUGUGGCACAAUGCCUUAUGUUGCUCCUGAGAUUUUUUCUCGAAAAUACAAAGCAGAGCCAGCAGAUAUUUGGAGCUGUGGCAUAUUACUUGUUGUCAUGCUUGCUGGAGAAUUGCCUUGGAAUGAAGCUACGGCUGAUUGCAGAGAAUUUUUGUUAUGGAGAGCAUCAGAUUUUUCUAUUACUCCAUGGACUAAAAUUGACAAUUUAGCUUUAUCUCUUCUGAGAAAAAUUUUAUGUUAUUCGCCUUCCAAGAGAUAUGCAAUUAAAGAAAUUAAAGAGCAUUUAUGGUGUAAAAAAUUCCUAACUCAUAAAGGCACUGUUAAAUGGUCUGGAGACACCAUGUUUUUUAAACGUUUAUGCUCUGACCUUGAACCAAAUUCAGUAUUUAGGGAAGAAUCGGGUACCAAAAUGAGUUAUUCUCAACCAGUUCAAAGUCUUCGAGAUUCAGAUGAUGAGAAUGAUUUGCCGGGAAAUAUUAGCACCCUUACUACGGGUGUCAGUUUUUCCCAGCCUGUUGAUCCAGAUAACAUGAUACUAGCUUCACAAUUCUCAGCUUCUCAAAUGGUAUCUAAGGCUUCUUUACCAAUUGGAACAAGGCUGACAAGAUUUUGUAUAAAAUCAAAACCAGAAACAGUAUUUUUAGAGCUUAAAAAUGCCUUUGAAAAAUUAGGACACUGUUGGAAACAAUGUUCCCCUGGUCUGGUUACUGUGACAACGCAGGAUCGCAGGAAAAUGCAACUAGUUUUCAAGGUUAAUUUAAUAACAAUGUCCGAAAAGAUUCUAGUUGACUUCAGGAGAUCUAGGGGAGACGGUAUUGAAUUCAAACGGCAUUUUUUGAAAAUUAAGGAACUUUUAUCUGAAAUAAUUGACAAGCAGCCAUUGAUAGGAGUACCUUGUAGCGCUGUGUUUGACAUCUAACAGUGCCUUCUUGAUGCAUUUAAUAUUUGAAUUCCAUCGAUCAAAACCAAAAAUCACUAAUUACAGA